AAAUCCUGAGGUUUUAUCAACAUCGUUACUUACUGCUUCAGCCACCAUUUUCAGAUCGUCAUCUCCCCGCUAAAGGGGCAAUAACCGAGUCUCUUAAGCCCCGGGGGGUUGGGGGAAGGAGACGGAGACGGACCGCGUGGCCCCGUGCAUUCUGGGGGUUGUAGUCCCAGCCGCUUCUGGUUCCCCGGGGAUUGGCCGAGCCCUUUCCUGCAGAAGAUGCCGGUCUUGUUCACCAUCAUUGGGAUCUCUGCAAUUGCUGCUCUUCUGGCAGCAUUUGGCCCAUAUAUCAGGAGAUGUGCUGGUGGUGGAGUGUGCAAAUCUGACGCAAGGCUCGAUGGAAAGACUGCCUUGAUUACUGGGGCUAACACUGGGAUAGGAAAGGAAACAGCACGGGAACUGUCGCAGAGAGGUGCACGUGUAAUCAUAGCCUGCAGAGAUCUGACCAAGGCAGAAGCUGCAGCCGAUGAGAUUCAGAGAGACACGGGGAAUAAACAAGUCAUUGUUCGGGAAUUAGAUCUUGCCAACACUGAGUCUGUACAUCAGUUUGCUGAAAAUGUCAUUAAAGAGGAGAAGCUCAUCAGUAUUUUGAUCAACAACGCUGGGGUGAUGAUGUGCCCCUACACAAAGACGACUGAUGGGUUUGAGAUGCAAUUUGGUGUAAAUCAUCUGGGUCAUUUCUUGCUGACCUACCUGCUUCUCGACCUCAUGAAAAGGUCAGCCCCAGCUCGCAUCAUUAACGUAUCGUCCUUCGCUCACGUUUUCGGUCGAAUCAACUUUAAAGACCUUCAGAGUGAAGAGAGUUAUGAUGAGGGCUUGGCUUACUGCCAAAGUAAACUGGCAAAUGUACUGUUCACUCGGGAAUUGGCCAAGCGCCUCAAAGGCACUAAAGUCACUGUGAAUUCUGUGCAUCCGGGCUGUGUCAAAUCCGAACUAAACAGGCACUCCUUCGUCAUGUCCUUGGCAUGGAAGAUUCUGACGUUUCUUAUCAAAACGCCAAAACAGGGGGCACAGACGAGUAUAUACUGUGCUGUGGCUGAGGAGUUGCAAGAUAUUUCUGGAACACACUUUAGUGACUGCAGACCUGCAUUUGUGGCACCUCAAGGCAGGAAUGAAGAAACAGCAAGGAAGUUAUGGGAUGUCAGCUGCAAACUUCUGGAGAUUCAGUGGGAUUGAACUAAUUGCAAAAUGAAAUUCUAAGUAAACACAGUAUAGGCAGCAGCAGGUGCUGGAGUCAGAGAUAACACAGGGCAGAGCUGAAGGAAAACAGCAGGCCAGGCAGCAGAGGAGCAGGAAAGAUAACGUUUUGGGUCAGUCCCCUUCAGGAAAUGUCAACUCUCCUGCUCCCCUGCUCCACACUGCGUUACCUGUAAGCAGCAGCUGACUGCUUUUUUUUUGAAAAAACUACUUUUGACAGUUCCUAUUAAAAAUUUCAGUAAAUACGACUGUGACCAGCAAAUUGUUGCUUCUGAAGUUGGUCACUGCACAAAUCUAAAUACCAUCCUAUAUUGCAAAUCUCACCUACUAUUUCGGCUAUUAAGGAAGAACCUAAGGUUUUGGUCUGGUUCCCAAAUCACCUGUGUCAACAAUGAACUGUCAAAGCUAACACAACGAUAACUGCUUCAAUGCAACAUUACUGUAAACUGUUGUUGCAUAGUCCUGAGCAUGCAUUAAUGACCAGCAUUAUUUUAUGCUUUAGAAAUAUGAAUUGGGUUCUUUUAUAGUAAACCAGCAGUAAACAUACAGGUUUCAAAGUGAGAAUAAUUCUGUGCAACAACCACAUGCUGCAGAGGACAAGAAACAGAAAGCUCUUCAAAGGCACUGCCUCCUUUCAAGCAACAGCUGUUACCUUUGGUAUCCUGGUCACUAUCUUCAGUCAACAACAGUCUUGCUAUUACACUACUGUAUAUGAGAGCAUGUGCAUAAAUUGGUUGUCAUGUUUCCUAGAAGAUGACUAUGUUAGCAUUUUGGAAUUUGAUGUGACAAAACAUGGUAUAUGAAUUUAAAAGUCUUUUUUAAAAUUUACCUCUCAUGACAUUUUGGUAAUAUACAUACAAAACAGGAGCUCCUCAUGCUGGCUCCAUGGCUGACCUGUUUGUUUUGAAUUCCACAUUUCCACCUGCUCAUGACAACCUUUGAUACUCCUGCCUGACAAUAAUCUGUCUCUUAGACAGUGACAUCGUUAAAUAUAUUUUUAAGGCUGAAGGAGACAAAGUUCCAAAUUCCCACAAGCCUUAGAAAAAGUAUUUUGUCUCUGUCCUAAAAAUUUGUAAUUUUAAAACUAUCAAGUCUUUUGGACCAGCAAUCAAAAGGAAACAUUCUGUCCACAUAAACCUUGUAACGAACAUUCGGAAACUUACAUACUCCAAUCUAGUCACCCUCUCGAUCUUCUAAACUGCAUUGAGAACAAGCUCAACCUGCCCUCAUAAGGUAAUCCACACAUUCCAGGUAUCGAUAAAAAUUAAUCCUCAUUAGAACCACCUCCAACACAUGUAAUGUGGCUCACCGUGAAAUUUUGCUUUGUAUUACUUGUGAAGCUGCAAAACUUUAAGAACUUAAGAGGCAUAUUGCACUUGAUGUUGAUAAUUAGAGUAAGCACUUUUGUACAUAGCACUGUUCUGGAAGGCCAUUAAACUCCAAGUACAGCACAAUUAAAUGUGUAUCAGUCUGUCACUGUAUAUUUCCAAAAAGAUCAAUAUACAUUCCAUUAUGUUUUAUUAGUGAAAUGAUUGGAAAUUCCAAAAAUAGUCACUUAGACAAUUGCAAUAUUAGUAGUCAAAGUUUAAUGGUUUGGCAAAAGUUGUUAAAAUAUACAAGCUGUAUACUGUUUUAACUCCAGGGGUUAAGCAUUCACAAUAAUUAAAGGGUUAUCUGAAGCUUGUCUUAAAAUGAAAAGAUCAGUUUACAGUAGUCCAGUUACAGAAACAUUGCCAUCAGUUUGGUAUUUAGGAUGAAUCACCCAGUAAAGCUGAGUUGAAUAGCUGUAGCAUUUAAAGUGCUUUUUACAGUGCAAUUUUGCAACUAUAGAAGCUAAUGCUUUCGUAAAACAAAUAGAACAUGUGGAUCUUGCAAAAUGACAUCAAAUAAACCAACAACCUUUGUUGCAUAGUCUUUCAUAGUGGAACUCUCACAUUGCAAUCAUAAUUCUUCAUAUCUGCUACUCCACUUUAAAAGUCAAAUAAAGUCAGCUAAAGCUCUGAAAUAUUCAUCUUUUUUAAAUCAGUGUAAUGUCAACCACAACUUUAACGUAGAAAUGAAUUAAAUUUGGAUUGCUCGGGCAAGAGCUAUGAAGGAACUUGGAUCUUUCAGCAUUUAUGUUUAGUUUUAAAAAAACUUAAGAAAGACACUAGUGAUUAGACAUUAUUAUCCAGAAUUCAAUAAUAGAUCCUUGUAUGGACAAAGAAUAGGCAAUUCGAUUAUAGUAACGGUUAUAGAGGGAUACAUUAGUGAAACAUUCAAUAUCCUAUUCCCUAUACAGCCCAUUGAACCUCUCCUUAUUAAAUACCUGCUCAUUUUGAUGCACACACAGCUGAAGAAAUGAAGGCUGCUUGCAGCAAAAGUGUUCAAUAUAUUCAUUCUCAAACAGUUUAAAAGGAGAGGGUCUCAUUUUCUCAGGGGGGAGAGAAGUGUCAACCUGUCAGUGCCAUAGAAUUUGCUGCUGGUGGGAAGCCAGCAGAGAGCAAGUGCAAAAAAAAAUCACUCAGUAAUGAAAACCCAACCAGUACUUUUCACACUUUGUUUUCUCUUCAUAAGUAAACAGACUGAAUUAGAUACCCUACAAAUACAGACCUCCAAUGCAUUGAAAGCUAAACCCUUCAUAAAACAAGGGAGCACUGUCUUCAAUUUUAUGCUUUCAUCAGUAAAUUAAUUUAAAAGCAAUGCCAGCCCAAAUGCUUUUGUAAUUCUGUAGAAGCCUUCUGUGACUGAAACUGGACACAGUGGCCAUAACUUUUAAUAACUUAGACAUUACAAUUUUAAAAUUGGAUACUGUUUCUUUGAUGUAAGUAAUAUAACAGUUUAAAAACAAAACUUCUAAAACUAUCAAUUUCAAUGCGUACUUAAUGUCAGACUUGCCAAAAUCCCAUAGAUUUAAAUGAUUGAAUUAGUUUUCAAAGAGUUAAUUACUAAGGUUUGAGCUAAUGAGGAAGCUUACUGUGUCCAGCAUCCCAGCGUAGUCCUCCCUACAAACAGACACAAACAAUUACUGGCUACACAGGCAAUCAGAAUGCUGAGCUACAGCAUUUAGUAUUUACUUCCAACUUCAAAACCUGCUGCAUUUCUUGGGGGUUUCUCAUUUGAUCGCUUUGCUCAAUGUUCUGUUCUAUUUGCAGGCUUGUAGUAAAGCUACGCUUAUUAUGACAGGUAUGCAUUUCCUGAUAGACUGCAUUGUAGGAAUGCCAUCAUUCCAUUGAAUAAAGAUCCACAUAUUACAACAAUUUGGAAAAACCAUGUGCAGCAUUACAUGUCUUCUCAAAAGAAUGGCUUUAAAGCAAUUAUAGUAACAAUUUCCCAAGAGAAAAAGCACUUGUAAUACCAUUUAACCUCUUUGUACUACACAGCAUUUCACUGUGCCACUUCUUUCACAUCCUCGAUAUAUUUCAGCCUGUUAAUAUUUUGGAUGUUUAUUGUAAACGCAGCCCUGUACCAAUCCAAACACAAUAAACUUUGCCUUUAUCUAGACAGAAUCCUAAAUACAAUAUAUGAUAAAAAUAUUAAGCAUAUUUACAGUCCUGGCUCAUAAUUACGUGAAUUGCAAUAUUUACAAACAAUAUCAUACACUAUUAAUGAAUGAAAAUAGACAAGUAACUGCAUAAUGCAACACUGUCAUGCCACCAAUACAAGUUUCUUACAAUGUUUAUAAGACUGAUGUGAUGCUGAUUAAACAAGCAAUACUGAAUAUUGUUUCUCAGAAAUUAAAACUCCCAAAUAUAAAAGUCUAAAUUGUACGCAUUAUAAAAAUAAGGCAUCUCUCAAAGUGAAAGAAAAUAUUAGAUGGAAAGUGUGUUGAUGUUACAUAGUCAUUGCAUCAAUAAAGAAAAGAGACUUUUAUUCUGAC